CAAAAACAAAAAAAAGAACUCCAAGUCUGUGAUUUGAGAUGAAAGUGAAAGAAGAUUCUGGAAACAACUUAAAGAAGCUGCUUACUUAAACAAAGAACAAUGAAACUUUUCUAUGGCUUGAUUUGGACUUUAUUCCAUGUUUGCUGGAUGCUGGAGCAUCCUAAAUUAGUGAUUUCACCCCGUGGUGGCUCAGCGACUAUCCACUGCAAAUAUAGAAGAGGUGAUGAAGAAGCUGUCAAGUACUGGUGCAAAGAAGAAAGAUUUAGAUUCUGUUCUCGCAACCGCACCAUCCGAACCACAGGAUCAGAGGAAGAGGUGAAGCAGAAUGGAAUGUCCAUCAAAGACAACCGUGUACUUCGUGAAUUCAGUGUGGUCAUGGAGAACCUCACUCACAACGAUGCUGGGGCUUACCUGUGUGGCGUGGAGAGAAAAUAUGAUAUCUGGCAGCCGGUGGAACUAAUCAUUACCGCAGAUGAUGUUUCCACACCUACAUCUAGAAAUAAAGAAUGUAAAACAGUAGAGCCAAGUGAAUCUCCAUUAUCUCCUGAAAGAAACCAACCCAGAAGCCUUGAUUUUCAAAUCCUGCUCAUCUUGAAAAUACCCAUCUUUCUAACUAUGCUGGCUGCUAUAGUUUGGGUGCACAUAUGGUACAGGAGAGAAAAACACUCCGGUGUCCAGAUUUCAGAAACAGAAGGAGCAAAAGGAUAACGAAUGACUUCAUUUCAUUCAAUUUCCAUCAUUAACUUCCAGAUUUUUCAGUAGCUGUCUCUUUCUCAUCUUGGAGAAGUCCAAGAACCUGACUUGCUGAUUUCACCCCAAGAACUUUCAUAAAUGCUCUAAUAAUGAUGGCUGUGACCAGACUCUACCCAACUAACUUACGAAAGAAGAGGAAAAGCUUUGGUUAAUUUCAGUGCUUCUUUUCAAAAAAAAAAAAAAAAAAGGUGCCGAAACUCACUCACGUCAUACAACCUGCCUUGCCUACCCUACAAGGUUCCAUCCAAAAAAGGUGCUGGAACUCUGUACUGGGCGUUCUAUGAGAAAAAAAAGCCCUGGUUAAUUUACAUCAUUCAAUGGUAAAUCAGCAACAUUAAUCAGGGAAAAUACAUAGCUGAGGUUGGAACCUUCCUCCUUUGCUCAUGGACUCUUUUACCCUUGCUUAUUGCCCUCUUUCAUCUCCUGAACAUAUUUUACAUGGUCUGUAGCUCAAACGUGCUUUGUCAAAAGGCAACUGGACUAUGUAUUUUCCCUUGAGGUAGUCGUUUCACUUCUCAUCCAAGAAGCUUCAUCAGUUCUGAGUGGAUGGUGGGGGAGAGGGGGGGAAUGGGAGGAUUCUCAGAACUAACCUUUCUGAGAACUAACUCUUCCAUUCCCCCCACCCAUCCAGCCAGAACUCUUGGAUGAAAAGUGUUGAGUCCUCAGCUUAAUGGCAAUAAAUCACAGAGCAUCUCGUAGUGUUAAGAAGCCUUUAUUGUUGUUUCUUCAGCUCCGUUUCAGCUCUGAGGCACGCAAGCCUCUCUGCCUCUCUUAAGAACUCUUCCCCGGACCAAAUGGCAACAUUUGGCGUGCUCUGCUCCUUGCGCAUGCUCGCAAAGCCGGCGCCAGCCAGUCUGGUCCCGGGCAGCUUGCAAUUGCCCGGGACCGUUGCAACGUCCCGAGCCUGCCUUUGCAGGCUCAGGACACAACAAGAAGCAAAAUGUCUCCCUCUUCCUCAAGGGAAAAAGAAAAACAUAGGGCAAUUGCUUUUAUAAAGGCACCUUUGAGACAACCAUGACCCGGAUCACUGAGAAUCUCCAUAGAGAUGGUCUGUAGCUGCCUUCUCAGCAUUUGAACUACAAUUCCCAGCAUCCAUCUCCAUCCUUUAGCACGUUUAUAUACUUAAGUAAAUGUAUUACAUUUUCAACCUCCAAGGUCUUUCAGCAAUAUUUAUUAGGACAGAUGAACUCUUAAGUCUAUUCUCAAUAGCCGCAAAUGUUGAAAAUGGCUGGAUUUUCUUUCUGAUUUAAUGUAGGAGAGAAAAACAAUUUAGAGUCCACAGAGCCAUCCAGGCAAGGGAGAGGAGAGCCAUGUUAGUCCAUGGUAGCCCAAAAUCUGAUAACUAUUAUAUACGUUUUUGUGAACUACAGCUGCCUGAUGAGCUACAGCAGAUGAAAUGAGCUAUGCCUCACCAAAGCUUGUGGCCCUUAAUAAAAUAUGUUUGCCUAUGAGGGUCCUGACAGGGUCAUCUAGUGAUUUAAAAAAAUCACAUAUCUGCAUUUGUAAAUAAAUUUGGCUUUGCUGGGUU